GUCAAGCGUACCACAAACCAACAUUUAUGCAAAUAUCCUUCGAGUUUGACGUAGUUACUUGCUCAUUUACACAUUCUAAAGUAACCAUACUUUCUUAAACUUUGAGCUCAUUUUUUUUAACGUGGUUUAAAAUCCAAAGCGCCAACGUUCUUUUCAUCAGUGGAUCCCUUCUGGGUAAGCAUCUCAAUAGGAAAGAGAUAUCGACAAAGAUAAAGGCGAAUAGCAGUGGAAUAGCUGGUAAACUUUACUACAGACGAAUGAUUUCGUCUUGAAAAUUAAGUUGGAUGAGAGAUUGCGUUACUGGUUGUACUUCUAUGAUGUAACACAAGCACUCGUGUCGUAUCGGAAUUUCAGUGGAUAAUAUUAGCUGUAGCUAAUGUUUCCUCUUGUUACUGUAGGAUCAUAUUUACGUGUUAUUGAGUGAUACAUUUGUAGGGAUAUCAAGAUGUGUGACCGUGCUUGUGAACUGAUGAUAUCAUGUUGCUCAGUAGUCUGCAAGGUAUGCUGUAGAUACAUGUCAGCUAAAGUCGCAUUUCUGAUUCAGUUUCUUGUCUACGGGAUUUUUCAAGGCUUCAACGUCGCCACAGAUGCAGCUUUGUUUGUCGAACUGUUCAAGACACAGCGCCGAUGCAGUAACAUGACAAGUAGUCCUUUCCACUGCACUUCAUUCACCCCAGGCAACUCCUCCUCAACCCUUAAAAAACUCUUGGAAGAUCAUGUUGACACCCUUGAAGUACUAGAAUACUCUAUGAUGCUAGUAAUGGGAGUAGGAGCAGCAAUAUAUAUCGUACAUAUGAUCAUUCUUAUUCCUAAUCUGUGUAAAAAUUUCCAUGACCCUGACAUUGCGCUUGAAGUAGAGGGUAAGGUAGCACCUCGGUAUUACCAGAACAUCACCAUAACCCAUUGUAUGUUUAUGGUUCUGGAGAGUAUUAUCCACGAUAUCCCUGCAAGCUGUCUUGCCAUGGAAAUCAGUGUUCAUUUUUGGGGUAAAAACGAUGUAAACUGCUGGGAAUGUUCGCCUAUUACGGAGCCACUUCCUAAAGAACAGUCCUUGAGUAAUACUAAGCUUUGGCUUGCAUUGAUGAUAACCGGUAUUGGGUUGUUAGCCUUGUAUAAAGGUUUAAUGCCGUUAUAUUUCUGGGUCGGUAAUCCAUUCUGCUGGAGUUGUUACUUUCUUCGUUUCUUCAUGGUCAUGCCUGCUGGUUUUAUCUACGCGUUACUUAUCCUAACCCCGUGCAUGGGUGUGGCUGCCCUCAGGGUGAUUCCUGCAGUCCCGUCACUGAAGGAUGAGAUAGGUGGUACGGCUGAUACCUUCUGGUCUAUAGGACUUGUGUUCUGGGUUCUUAUAUUCAUCUGCUUUAUUACCUAUUUCUGCUGUAAGAGAACCAUCAUGGACUUAUGUCCGUGUCUGGCCUGGUGUGAGGAACCCAAGUCGAGAAAUAAAGAAGAGAAAAAGGCUGGGUGUAUUUGUUUUUAAUGAAUCACGUGACUGAUGUCAUGUUAUCAUCUGAGAAGGGAGAAUGACGAACAAUAAGCGAUCAGUUCUCGUAUGAGUAGGAAACGAUACUGCUGACGACAAGUUGGAAGCAGUAGUGUAGCUAUACCGUAUACGUAUGUAAUAUAUACAGUAUGAGCGGCCGUGUUGUAUAUGAUAUAUCGUAUACAACACGGACACGAAUAUUGUAUAUUGAUUAACAAACGUCUAGGUUAGUUCCUUUGUGUUUCACUAAAAUUUUUAAGAUAAAAGUGAAUGUUCCCAAGAAAAUCCAAGUUAAAGUUUAUGCAAAUGAACAUGAUUAUGUAUCAGAAUUAUAAAACUCUUUGCGGUCAUGAUUUCUAUUGUGUUUUCCUCAUGAAUUAUUUUAUUCAUUAAAAUGAGUUUUUGAACUUACUUUUAAAAACUCAUUAUGACUUUAUGAGGUCAAAACAAAGAAAAUCACUAGAAGGAGGUUUAGAUAUGUGUUCUUAAUAUGCAUUGAAUUUGGCAGCUUAUGCUUUGAAUUUCUCCAAGAAUUAUUAAUAGUUCAGAAAUUAUAUCAAACACUUGAAAGAGCGUUUCAUCCUCUAUCCAAGCACCUCGAAGUUGGUUGUAAAAACUUGGCUACGCCUCGUUUAUUCAAACUCAACCCGACGCCAUUUCACAGUUCCGUUCUGUGACCACGAGUAAUGAUAGUUCCUAGCCGAGGCUGGAAUUGCCGUUCAUGAUAAACUGUAGUUUUGCUAUGCGCGGAUACUACAACCUCGACAUGAACGCGACUAUUAUUCGUGGUCACUGAACGGAACUAUGAAAUGGUGUAGGUCAGCGUAUUCUCGGUGAAUGGAAAUUGGAUAAAACACACUCUUUCACGUGUGUGGUAUGUUACGUAACUAAGGAUGAUCCACAUGAAAACGGAACAUGGAAGUCAUUUUAUGGUUCACGGCAUUACGUACCCUGAACGUGCUGUAAAUCAAUGCUGCAAAAUCUAAUACCCUACUAAUACCCUACCAAAACAUGAAGCUGAAAGCCAGUUGAAGCAUUUCAAUAUUUUGGUCCUGCUAAAUGCCCAUUACUUUCAGACGUUGCAGCAAUAUCGGCCUGUCCGAUGUUACGUGGAAAACUGGUAGGACGCGCGUUGAAUCAUGGGGCUUUCUUAGGGACGACAUUUUUCAAUAUAGUGGAAAGCUUAGUAAACUCUCUUAAAAAAUAGUCGACACCCAAAGUAAAUAUGACUCCAUUCAAAAACUGUAAAACGCUAAAUGGCGUCCCCUAAUACAGACCAAUGAUUCAGCGCGCGUCUUACUCGUUACCAGUUUUCCGCGCAACCCCGGAAGGCCAAUAGACUUUAUAUAUGAAGCGUGCGAAUAAAGAAAUAAUACUCAAUAAAACGACACGUGGUAUCCAUGGAAGGCAAAAUACUAUGCAUCGACGCGAGAGCGAAUGGUAGUUUAGCUGACUUUGUUAUUACAGCUGUAGUUGCAGGCAAAGAUGUGUAUAUGUAUGUAUGGAGAUUUUGUAUAGGAAAUCGUACAAUCUCGAUUACGAUUCUGAAUUUAUAGGCACCAGUGAUGUUUUGAUUUUUUAUUGGACGAGUCUUUAGACGAUUUGGAGUUUGAGAUCUUUCAAAAUAUCACGAUUAUCUAUAAAUUGCGAAUUGUACGAGACGAUUGUGCGAUUUUUCGUUUAUAAUACACUCAACGAAACUGAGCAACGUAAUUGGGACUCUACAGAGUACAAUUUGGGAUUUAAUUGUACUCCUCUUGUCCACUGGCAAAUCGAGUAAUUUUGUCGAGUGUAUUAUAAAUCGUGUAAUUCCACAAGUCUCCAAUCACUCGUAAGAAGAUAAUUACGUACCGUAGCUGGAAAGAGCUUGAUGGUAAUAGUUACAAUUAGUAUAAAUAUGUAAAAUAUUGUAACUCG